AUGCUGUUCGUGAUGUGUCUUGGGGAGUUCUACCAGGAGAGUGUGAACGGAGCGGGAAAAACUAGUGCAUUUCGAGUUUUAUGCGGGCUGCAGCCACCUGAUCGAGGUGCCGUUUUUCUUGGAAGCAGUGUGGUUACUCCUGGUGCAAGUGUUUUUUCACGCAUUGGCUACUGUCCGCAGUUUGACGCCCUCUAUGGUGAACUAACCACAAAAGAACACCUAGAACUAUUGGCGAGAAUCCAUGGAUACACUUCAAAAUGUAUUCCUGAAGUGGUUGACUUUCUUCUGGAAAUCUUUGGUAUAUCCCAGUACGCCGACACGAAAUCACAGGCACUGAGUGGUGGUACAAAGCGGAAGUUGUCGAUGGCGCAAGCACUCAUUGGUGAUCCUGAUCUCCUUCUUCUUGACGAACCUACGACGGGAAUGGAUCCAACA